GUUCAUCCAAGAUGACUGAAAAUAGCAACCAUAAUGUAUCCAGCCACCCUGUAGGGUCCCAUUCUUUGAAUGUUUUUACCAUUACCCUCCAUGGCAUUUUCGCUACAAUUGGAAUCGUGGAAAACCUCCUCAUCAUUGCAGUGGUGGGCUUCCAUGUCCGUCGCUCCAUCAUUAGCAUCUGGAUCCUGAACCUCGCAGUCUCUGACCUGCUAGCCACUUCUUCCCUGCCCUUCUUCACCCUGUACCUGGCCCGGGGCAAAACCUGGACACUGGGGACAACUUUCUGCCGCAUCCAUUCCUCCAUCUUUUUUCUCAACAUGUUCGUCAGUGGCUUCCUACUGGCGGCCAUUUCUCUGGACCGCUGCUUGGUGGUGCUGAAACCUGUCUGGGCCCAAAACCACAGAAACAUCCAACUAGUUAAGAAGAUAUGUGGGGUAAUCUGGGCCAUGGCUCUGAUCUGCACUAUCCCCUUCUUCCUGUUUCGUGACGUCAUCCCUUUAAAAAAUGGCCAGAAUCUCUGUUACUAUGAUUAUGGACGAUUCCUGCCUGAACCAAAGAAUCAGACAAAUAAUAAAGCUAUAAUUAAACAGCGGAAAGAAGGACUGGCAAUAAUGAAGCUGUUUUUUGCCUUCUUAAUCCCUUUGGUCAUCAUCAUCGUGAGCUAUGCUGUUGUACACUCCAUAAUAACAAACAGAUGUAACCGUCGCCCUUUUCGUUUUGUUCGGCUUGUAGUGUCUGUGGUGGUGAGCUUUGUACUCUGCUGGGCACCCUACCACAUAUUCAUCGUCAUGGAAGUGAUGGCUCCAAACUCUCAAUCUGUUCAGGGUUUUAUAAGACAGGGCCUCCCAGUUGCAGCGACGAUCGGCUUCCUCAACAGCGUCCUCAAUCCUGUUCUGUAUGUGUUCAGCUGCCCCGACCUGUGCAAUAAGAUCCGACAUUCUCUCGGUGCAGUGAUGGAGUCUGUUCUGGCUGAGGAUCUUGCAGAGUUCGCCCGGCGCCGCAGCACAGCUCGGAGCUCUAUCGGCAACUCUGAAAUAAUGACGAGAAAGAAGCAUUCCCUUGCAACUCAGGAAGAAAGUAUGAGUACUUCAGUUUAG